AUGGGUUUACUCCUCGAUUGUUUUCGCGGCUCAAAUAGUCAGCAAAAGUUUCAAUCGAACAAUUUUGAUACACCUGAUAUGGAGACUCGCCGACAAGCAGCAGCUGAAGCAGCUAAUCGCCGUUUACAACAGAGUGAAAGACGUGGUGUUGAUGAAGAUGAAUUACGUCGCAUGAAACAACGUCAAAAUGAACGUGAGCGUAUUGAAAAACAACUAUCAAAAUUACCUAAACAAGCUGAUGAUAGUGGUGGUCUGAGAUGGCAAACGAAUUGA